AUGUCUCUCGCCAACGUUCAGCAGUUGCCGACUCCCCUUGGUACGAUUGCCGUUCGUAACCACGAUGGUGCUCGCUGGUUGCAGAUUCCGAUUUCUCACCCGGGAAACCGCGCCUUUCUCCUCUCGUUGGCUAUCAACAACGAUGAACGUAAUGCUCUUGCCCUGCCGUCGCACGACAUUGAAGUGCGUAUGACUGGCAACAUGAGCGUUCAAGAGUUCGUCGCCUCUAUCAUACGACGCUCUAGUUACUUCAUCGCGAUCAUCAUUCAGUCUCGAGGUCGUACGAUGCCUGCUUGCGCCAGCAAGUGUGCGACCUCUGGCUCUCCUCGAUUCCGGGAGUGUUCGCACGGCGCUCGUUGCUCUCACCGUGGUCAGGAGGAUGGUUCGUCCGAUUCGUCUGGUGGUAGCAACCAUUCCGACAACGAUGAUGAUGAUGAGUCUCCCCGUCGCUCUAACUAUCGGAAGCCGUACGCCCGUGGCGCUCGCCAGCCCGACCGUACGCCUGGUCGCAAGCUUGGUCGUGGUGUCGGCACCUCUGGCAGCUUCCUUGGCUCUUCUCACAACCCGCAGCUGAUUGAGAAGGAGUAA